AUGUCUCGACAAAUCUACCACGAUCCAUUCUCAAUCGAGACGCUCGCCAAACUCCCUUCGCUCCUUGUUGAUCCCAGCGCAGUAUGGGAUGGUUUCAUUUUUGAUAACAGCCUCGAGAGCAAUCUCUUACAGCUGAGCGAGUCCGAGGCCAAGGCCCUCCCUGAACUCCAACCAGCCCUGUUAGCCUUGAACUUGGACAGCGUGCCUCUACAAGGCCUUUCAACCCCUCCUUCUGCUUCUUCGGAAACUAGCAGCAAUGAGUUCUUCGAGGUUCAGGAACAUCUAUCUGAUGAGGAGGCGGAUAACCAUGGUGACGAUGAUGCUACAAACAUCUGGACUCUGCCAGAAAUCUCCAAGAGAAGUCGGAAAAGCCGUUUGAUCUGCUGGGACAACUUCUUGAACGAGAAGCACAAAGAAUUACAGUCAGGCUAUCUCAGCGAAGUUAGCCCAAUGGUAUUCAGUACCAUUGUGAACAGACCGGCAACAAACUCGUUGAAACUCGUCAAGAGCGAUGUCCUGCUCAAUGCCACCUUCGAGCUGAGCAUGGGGCGCAGCUCUGGGCUAUUCAACUGGAAUGAAAGCAAAGGGGCCUUUGAGGCUUGUUGGGAUAAUCUGACCGCCAUAGGCUACAGUGGGAGUCUGCUGCGAAAUACUAUCGCGAUAUUUUCGAAUGUUGGUACCGGAACCCGGAAACUGGUCGAACUGUUCAAGGACCUGGACAUGAGAGGCCACAAAAUGCUUCCCUCAACGAUCGCGUUGAUAUCAUCCGUUAGGUCUGCCUUGUUUGUCAUCCACAAGCACCUCGAAGACAUUCGGGCACAUGUUUCAUCUCUCCUGCAACUCAGAAACAUCAUUGAUAAAGUCAAGACGCUUAUUCAUGUCUUGAGCAACCUUUGCAAUGUCGUUAAGACUCUGUGUUCCGAUCAAGAAGUUAUUUUGUGCCUGAUGCAGGAAGCGUCAAUUGCUUCAGUAGCGCAUUCUGGGCUUGAUGCAAUACUGCAAGUGAUCUUCACCCAGGUCACACGUCCGGGUCUAGAAAAGCUGAGCAGUGAGAUUGGCUUAACUUCUACUCUAAUUAACAAUCACUCUCCGGAUCUUAUGGUCGAUGAAGAAGACUAUGGAGGUUCAUGGCUGAGCUUGCUCUCAGCUGAGAGCUCACAGCUCAUAUCCCAAACACGGCAAAGCCUCCACUUACUUCGACAAUAUGCUCCACAGGCUUUGGUCUUCUAUAACUCAAGGAGUAUAGCGAGCUCUACUUUGACCUUGCAGCCUGUUUAUUCCUACCUUGCAAUAUGCCAACAACAGAAGCUGGCCUCCGAGUAUGAAUCCACAUUGAAAUUGUCUUUCGUGGCGCCAGAGAGUGGUUCCCUAAAUCCUAGUAGCGGACUCACCCUCACACAGUGCUCGUGGCGAAGAGAGGAUGCUUCUACCGUAUUUAGCGAGGGCCCCUUCACACUGAACCUGGAUCUUUUCGGCUCACAUAUGCCUAAACGGCAAGCUGAGCUCGAACAUGAGGUCACUGCUUAUCUCAAUGACUGUCACAUGGAACGGCCAGAACCUUUUCAACUCCAGCUCGAUCAGGCUCUGGUUUCUUCUGUGGCUCCUGCGCUUGCAGCACAGCAUAGGCUCCUCUCUUACUCUAUUCUUCAGAUACUAUUCGAGGAACAUAACCUCCUCGCUCACAUCAAUCUUCAACGGAACUUUCAUUUAUUUGGUCACCCAACAUUCCCGCAACGCCUUACCAUGGCUCUUUUUGAUCCGAACCAGACCAGCGGGGAGGGCAAGCGAUUGACCGGGAGUUACACUGGCCUGCGUUUGCAAGCUCGUGAUACGUGGCCACCAGCGGGCUCAGAGCUCCGACUUGUUCUUAUGGGCAUUCUCUCUGAUAGCCUCGCAUGUUCAGACGAGAGAUCAUUCGAAAGCUCCAUCUCAUUUGCUAUCCGAGACAUGCCGUUGGAUGAGCUCGAGAAAUGUCGUGAGGUAAAUUCCAUCCAUGCGCUACGUUUCCUCAGGUUGCAGUACAAAGCACCAAACCAUAUCUUGGAAAGUGUACUUAGCCCAAGCAUUCUUGACAAGUACGACCGUGUCUUCCAGCACCUUCUGCUCAUUCUCCGGCUACAUAGUGUAACGGAAGGUCUGCUGAGGGAUAAUUGCAGUACAAGAGAUGCUUCUAAAAAGAAUCUUCUCGAUCAGAAGCUCAUAUUAGAAAUGCACCACUUCAUUUCAAUGUUAGCCGACUAUUGCCAGAACACGGCAAUAAACCUUUGUUGGGAGCACUUCGAUGGCAUCCUGGAAAAAGUGAAAGGUCUUAUUGAAAGGAAAGACUAUGAUAAUACUCUGAAAAUUGUGAAGAGCCAGGACUUUCUCAAGACAUUGCUUGAGCAAACACUUGAUGACACCCUGCACGCAAUGCUGUUAAGGAAGAAACAGGCGAGAGGUUUACAAUUGCUGCAUGGGAUGUUCAAUCUAAUCUUGGAAUUUGCGGCCUCAAAAAGGAGCCAGACUGAAGCGAGUGAGUCAAAAUUGAGGGAUUACAACGACGAACCUACGAUGAGACGAUAUAACCAUGACUUUAAGACGCAUAUGACUGGGUUGAUCGAGAUGCUGAAAGCCCAAAGCCAGUAUCGACCACAUCAGAAGGUCGGAGGAAUCGAAGGAUUUGGCAUUGGUAGUAGCGCGGCGGACAACCCCGUUGACCAUCUGUUGCUCAAACUAGACAUGUUUGGGUACUGGAGCUCAGGGAGGAGAAAAGGGAUCUUUGCAUCUCGACUGCCCACGAUGGUAUCUGAUCAGUAG